UGAUAAUGAGUGCAAGAAGGUUGUGUGAGUCACAAGAAUUCACAUUCAAAUUCCCAAAAGAAACGUGAGAAAAGCACUUGGAAAAGCACAAAAAGCACUUGCUUAAGUGCGUGUAUACCUUCCCACCCAUCCCUAUACUAUCUAUAUUCCCACGCACACCAUGUUCACAACUACAAAAACCAGACCAAACAUCAUCAAAAGGACAAUACCUCCAUCUCCGUCACCACCACCACAAACCUCCACCAUGGUCACCAAAACCAAGAAGCCUGUUUGCUCUAUCCAAUCCAGCCUAGCCACCACCCUCUUUUGUGUUCUCCUCUUCACAAUCCCAGCCCUUCUCCUCCUCCACACCCCUCCUGCCUCCAUCUGCAACACCGCCUCCACCACCUCAACCUCUUUCUCCGGCGACCUCCGCUCAGCCGAAUUCUCCUGGAACCACCUUAGUUUCUCCUCCCACAUCCCUCCACCAGUCCCCCUCAAGAUAGCCGUCUUCACCAGAAAAUGGCCGGUUGGAACAACCCCGGGAGGAAUGGAGCGACACGCGUUCACAUUAUACACCGCUUUAGCAACCCGCAACCACGAGAUCCAUAUCUUCACUUCCCCACCAAACGAAGACGUUAGUUUAAUCAACACCAAGAGAAAAGACGAUAAUGCCCUCAUCGUCCAUUUCCACGAGGGCAACGAGCCGGGACAAUGGCGUUACAACAAGGCAAUGGAACAGUACGAGGAGGAAAACAAGGUACGCCCGUUUGACGUGGUCCACACGGAAAGCGUCGCGUUACCUCAUUACAAAGCUCGCGAUAUCCCGAAUCUUGCAGUGUCAUGGCAUGGGAUCGCUUUGGAAAGCGUAUCAUCAAGCAUCUACCAAGAUCUUAUACGAAAUCCCAAAGAGCCCAUGUCCCCGUCUUUUAACGAAAGCUUACAAGUCAUGAUCCCGAAAGUCCUAAACGAAAUCCGAUUCUUUAGAAAUUACCGACACCACAUCGCUAUUAGCGACAGUUGUGGCGAAAUGUUGCGAGAUGUAUACCAAAUCCCGAGCAAACGAGUACAUGUGAUUGUGAAUGGAGUUAACGAGGACGAUUUUCGGGAAGAUCCAGAAUUAGGGAAGAAAUUUAGAUCCAAAAUUGGGGUACCCAAGAAUGCUAGUUUACUCCUUGGGGUGGCUGGGAGACUAGUGAAAGACAAAGGGCACCCUUUAUUGUAUGCAGCCUUUGCAAAACUGAUGAAAAAGUACACAAAUGUGUACUUGGUUGUUGCUGGGGCUGGACCCUGGCAACAAAGGUACAUGGAGCUAGGACCACAGGUCAAAGUGUUGGGCUCAAUGAGCCCAACAGAGCUUCGAGGGUUCUAUAAUGGGAUUGAUAUCUUUGUGAACCCAACACUUAGGCCACAAGGGCUUGAUCUAACACUUAUGGAAGCUAUGAUGGCUGGGAAACCGGUUAUGGCAUCACGGUUUCCGAGCAUCAAAGGGACGAUUCUUGUUGAUGAUGAAUUUGGUUUUAUGUUUUCACCGAAUGUGGAGUCGUUGGUGGAGGCGUUGGAGGUGGUGGUGGCGGAAGGUCCAGGGAGGCUUGUUCAGAGAGGGAAGGCUUGCCAGAGAUAUGCAACCUCCAUGUUUACAGCUAGAAAAAUGGCGUUAGCGUAUGAGAGGUUAUUUCUUUGUAUAAAGAAUGAAACUUUUUGUAUUUACCCUUAGGUUAUACUCCAUCUCCAUUUCGGUUCUUGAUGAUUAUGUAGGUGGUUGGUUAUAUUGAAACGGGGAACAUACUCUGAUACUCAUACACUAAUGUUUCUACAGAGAGUUGGACUUACAGCUUCAGGGUUAUAGACAUCGGUUGCUAGAUUUGUUAUCAUCAAUUGAUUUUUUUGAACUCCCGAUAUUUUUCGAGUGAUUGUAUAAAUAAUUUCAUAAGUAAAAGGAUGUUUGGUUAAUAGAAUGCAAUGUCUAGGAAAGUAUCUUAAUACUGUUAAUGCAAUGUGUAAUCUGAAUCAAAUUAGGUGUGUCGCUACAUUUGAAAUUUCUUAAAAGAUUUGUAAUUGGAUUCUGUUUUAGUUAGUAAGAUUAUAAAUGAAAAUGAAAUCAUUUUCUUUCGUGGGAUAA